AGCUUUAUUCAAUAAAAAUCCUGAGAUCCCUCUCCACUCUGGAAACCUCGAAUAAAUUCCAGGGUAGAGAGAACCUGAUCUCUGUUGAAUAAAAAUGGCUGCAAAAGCAGCGGUUGCAGGGCUCGCCGCCAUCCUCGUGGUGGCGAUGGUUGUCGCCGUGGCAGUAGGUGUUACAAGGAAAAACGCCGAAGUUGAAUCAGGUUCCGCCAGCAAUGACGGCGGCUCCAUCAGCACCGGGAGUACCAAGGCCGUGCAAUCUAUUUGCGCCCCUACUGACUAUAAAGAAACUUGUGAAAGUAGCCUUUCCCACGCCAACAGCACCAACCCCAACGAGCUAAUCAAGGCGGCAUUUGAUUUUACCGUGAAAAAUAUAGGCGACAUCAUCACGAACUCGCCUCUGUUCAAAGAAGCUGCCAAUGAUGAUGGCACCAAGCAGGCGUUGGAGAUCUGCCAAGAAGUGCUUGACACGGCUAUAGACGAUCUCAAGAGGUCAUUCGACAGUGUUGAUGAAUUUGACAUCACAAACGCCAGCGAAUACGUCGAGAACCUCAAGACGUGGCUUAGUGCUGUAAUCACGAACCAGGAGACCUGCAUUGAUGCCUUUGAGAACACCACAGGCGACACUGGUGAAAAGAUGAAAAACUUGCUGAAAACCGCCAGGGAGAUGUCGAGCAACGGUCUCGCCAUGGUAAACGAAAUGUCAUCGUUCCUUUCAUCGUUGCAAUUAGGGAACGCUGCUAGCCGAAAGCUUCUCUUGUCAGGAAAAAUUGGAUACGGUGGCGACCCCACAGAUUAUGCUCCGGGUGAAGAACCACAUUUCAACUUGGACAGCAAUAGAAGACGUCUCCUUUCAGCAACAUCCUUGAAGCCAAAUGCCGUGGUGGCCCAAGAUGGAAGCGGGCAGUUCAACACGAUUAGUGCUGCCAUUGCAUCUGUGCCUCCAAAGAAUAACCAAACGUUCGUGAUUCAUGUGAAGGCUGGUGUGUACAAGGAGUAUGUUCAAAUUCCCAAGAAGGUGAAUAAAAUCGUCUUGAUCGGAGACGGGCCCUUGAAGACCAGAAUUAGUGGUAGAAAGAAUUACGCUGAAGGAGUUAAGACCUACCACACGGCCACCGUCGCUGUCAACGCUGACGACUUCUUAGCAAAGGACAUCGGGUUUGAAAACACAGCCGGUGCUGCAGGACACCAAGCAGUGGCCCUGCGCGUCUCUGGCGACCGCGCGGUCUUCUACAAUGUCCACAUUGACGGCUACCAAGACACUCUCUACGCCCACACCUACCGCCAGUACUACCGCGACUGCUCUAUCUCCGGCACCAUCGACUUCAUCUUUGGCGAUUCCCAAGCCCUCUUCCAGAACUGCAAAUUUGUCGUCCGAAAGCCGAUGGCCAAUCAGGCCUGUAUGGUCACAGCACAGGGCCGCGUCGAGCGCCACAGUCUUGGAGCCACUAUAAUCCAGAACGGUGAUUUCGUGGCUGAGCCAGCAUUGCUCCAAGCUUCGCCACCCCACAAGGUUUACCUUGGUCGGCCAUGGAAGCUACUCUCCAGGACCAUUAUCAUGCAAUCAAACAUUGGCGGGUUCAUUGCACCAGAAGGCUGGGCGGAAUGGUCGGGAACUUUUGCUCUAGACACAUUGUACUACGCAGAAUACCAGAACCGCGGCCCCGGAUCGGAUCUGAAGAACCGGGUCAAGUGGAAAGGGAUCCAAACCUUAUCUCCGCAAAUGGCUGAGAGCUGGACCGGAGGGAAAUUCUACGGAGGGGAUGAAUGGGUCAAGAAUUCUGGGGUUCCCUACAUACCAACCAUGAUGCAAGUCUAAUUAGUUCUCAGACAGAUUAAUUUUAACUAAUCAGGACUGUAGAUUAUGUUUGGAUGUGUUUAUAAUUUGACUUUUCAUAUUUUUUGUACGAUAGGGAGAAAUAUAGAGACAUUGGAAUGUGUUUUUAAGUGUUAUAUAAGAUCGGUUUUGCUUUUUUGCAA